GAAGCGAUCGGCGCUGGGCAGGGCUUCGGGGGGCGGGAGCCGGGGAGCCUCUCCCGCCUGCGACGCUUCCUCGGGGAGGCUGCUUCUCCGCCGCUGCUGCCGCCAGUGCUCCCGCCUCCUCGGCUCCCUCGGCUCCCUCGCCAGCCAGCAGCGCGCACUUUGCCCCGGCUGUGCGUGUGCGGGAAUGUGGCGGCGAUCGCGAAGCGGAGCGCCGGACGCCGCCACCGUGCUCUGAUGGGCGCACACGCUGCGCGCUGCCCGCUCCGUCCCCUUCGCCCGCCUCGCUCGGGGGGCUGCCCGGAGGCGACCGCGCCAUGAAGAAGGAAGCGGCGGCACCAGGGCGCAGCGGGGCCAGCUAGAUCUGCCCGGAGAAGAGACGCUUGCUGAUACCAGGCCUCUAGAUCCAUCUAUGUGACUUUGCUGGAGAAACCAUGACCGAAGUCCUCCUGACCGCUGUUCUGAACGGGACUGAAAACCACUCGCUGGCUAGCAGUGGAUGGACGUCGAACAAUGUCACCAGCAAGUGCUUGCUGACCAAAACUGGUUUUCAGUUCUAUUACCUGCCUGCUGUCUACAUCAUAGUCUUCAUCACUGGAUUCCUGGGCAACAGCGUGGCGAUCUGGAUGUUUAUCUUCCACAUGAGGCCUUGGAGUGGCAUCUCGGUUUACAUGUUCAACCUGGCGCUGGCUGACUUCUUGUAUGUCCUGACUCUUCCUGCACUGAUCUUCUAUUACUUCAAUCAAACCGAUUGGAUCUUUGGGAACUUCAUGUGCAAGCUGCAGAGGUUCAUCUUCCACGUCAACCUGUAUGGAAGCAUCUUGUUCCUCACUUGCAUCAGCGUGCACAGGUACACAGGUGUGGUCUACCCCUUAAAAUCGCUGGGGCGGCUGAAAAAAAAGAACGCCGUCUACAUCAGUACCUUGGUUUGGGGGGUUGUGGUCACUGGGAUUUCCCCCAUCUUCUUCUACUCUGGAACUGGGGAAAGGAAAGUCAAAACCAUGGCUUGCUACGACACGACGGUAGACGACUACCUGCGAAGCUACUUCAUUUACAGCAUGUGCACCACGGUCUUCUUGUUUUGCAUCCCGUUCAUACUGAUCCUGGGUUGCUACGGAUUAAUCGUGAAAGCACUGAUUUACAAAGAUUUAGACAAUUCCCCGCUCAGGAGGAAAUCGAUUUACCUGGUUAUUAUAGUGUUGGCGGUAUUUGCUGUGUCUUAUCUCCCCUUUCACGUGAUGAAAAACUUGAAUCUACGAGCCAGGCUGGAUUUCCAGACUCCAGAAAUGUGUGCCUUUAACGACAGGGUUUAUGCCACUUACCAAGUGACUCGGGGGCUGGCGAGCCUCAACAGCUGCGUGGAUCCUAUUCUGUACUUCUUGGCUGGAGACACGUUCCGAAGACGGCUGUCGAGAGCAACCAGGAAAGCUUCCAGAAGGAGCGAGCUCAACGUGCAGUCAAAAAGUGAGGAUAUGACUCUCAGCAUUUUAUCCGAGUGUAAACAGAAUGGAGACACAAGCUUGUGAAUAACAGUUUAAUUUCCCUUUUGCAAGCAAGCACUCUCAUCCCCCUUUCCCUUAUCCCCACCCUUCAUUUUUAACCCAUGUAAGAAUCUAAUUUUGUGCAUUUUCAAGAAAACUUAACAAGCGGACAAUUUCUUUUGUUUCGUUUUGUUUGAAAAACAUGCCGCGUGAAGCUAGGAAAAACGUGGGGAAAGUAAGUGUCAAAUUCUUUAAAAAAUUAGAUGGAAAACAGUAUGGGAGGUUUCCGUUCUUACCCUUUUAAUUCUGGAAGAAUAAUUUAUCUGAUAGUCUGGUACACACAACAAAUGCAAUGCAAACCCUCAGAAAAGGUGUCUCCUUGGCUUAAGAGUAUGAGGAAUGCCCGUGGAAGGUGAAUAUUUCUUUAAGGCUCUAGUCUAUUCUCCAGCUUCCAGUCCCCUCGCCUGUUUCUGCCUUGCUGUGGUUCUGGAAAGGGCAGUGUCUGUAGGGGACCAGCCCCAGUCAGGGAUAUUGCAGACCCCCUCCCUGAAUGUAGGUCUCAAUGACAAAAAAAGCCCUUUGAUUUGCAGAGAUGCCAAGGAGGCUGACGGCGUUCUACACAGCUGAUCGAUGAGAAGUAAGCCUGGUGCUUAUUUUAUUAAAGUUGAAUUUUGUUUAAUAAUUAAGUAAGGUUGGAACAUAUUAGAUGACUUGAAUUUGUUGUUUGGUAUUGACUUCAGGUCCUCCUCCUCCUCCUCCCUUCCUGCAUGUCCCGAUAAGCUUCCUCAUCACAGGAGUUCUGGAUGUAGACAUGUGUUCCUGGACCGCUCUCUUAAGCACUGCCGAAAGCACAAUGCAAGAAAGGCCGCGGGUUAGUAAUGGUCUGUUGGCAAUUAUUUCUUUGCGAUUCUAGCAAGUUGGUCUAGCGGAGCCAAUCGUGUGUCCCCCCCCCACUCUUGAAUCUGGGCUUGUGCAGAGGACCAUCUGGUCACGGCAUGUUCGUGGGAAACUGCUGGGCAUGGUGGCUUCCAAACUAGGACAAUCUGGUAGCGUUGACCCAUCACCAUAUGCAGGGUUCAAGUUUUCGGCAUGUGUUGGGAAACAUGGGGGAAACCGUACAGCCCCAAAUGCACUGGAAACCUAGCUCAUUUGUGUGAUGUUGGAUGUGACAGCAAGCUUGGCACAGGCUGGGCUUCUCUCAUGCUGGCUUCUGAGAUGGUUUGACCAAGGCCGCAUGGGCUUGAACCUUCUUUGAAUAGAUCUUCCCUGUUACCAUAUAGGGAGGGUUCUUCUGUACAUAGAGGAGAUGAUUACUGAAAAUGUGAUGCCCCACCUUAAUAACAAUUAGAAGUCUGACAGAGAGAGAGAGAGAGAGAGAGAGAGAGAGAUUAGAUUGUAAGAAUUAGUGCUGUCAUGUUCCCUGAAAGGUUAACAAAUCUAUAAACAUAGUAGAUGUACAGUACCAACAGCCCCAAGGUUACACAGAACUUGUAACUCCUUCUCAGCAGUUUAGUACACAUCUAAUGGGCACAUCAGAACACUGUUAGGUUUUGGGGUUGGUGCAAAUUCUCCAAUAAUUUAACCUAUUCUAGUUGGCAGUACCUAUAUUUUUUGUCAACAUGAAGAAUUGCAUUUGAUUUAUUUUUAGCCCUAAUUUGGAUUUCUCCCUUUUUAACAUAAAGCACUUUGCAUGACAAUAGCAGUUUUUCUGGCAUUUAAUGCUCCUUUCUUCUUCUUAGGAAAAAGAAACUGUCAUUAAUUUUCACGGGUUGGGGGGGGCGGGGAGAGGAGUGCCUCAUCUAAAUGUAUAAAAGAUUUACGUCAGAUUCAGAAAGGCUUGGUUGAAUGAUGUCCUUCCCUACCUUUUCCCAGUGCCUGACAGUGAUCUGAGAUGGCUUCAUCACACCCCCCCCCCAAGAUUUCCACAUGUGGACAUGACAUUUGGAUUUAGGAACUUAGGAAGCAGAGUUUGGCCAAGCUCAAGCUCAGUAUUGUCAACACUGCUCAGCUGUGGCUCUCUAGGAUGUCAGGCAGGCUCCAAUCCUACUUGGAAAUGCUGGGGAUUGAACCCAGAAUCUUCUGCAUGCUCUACCCCUUGCCCAACACAAUCUUACUGAAUUCUCCAUUUCCAGCUUACUUGGGUUUGUAGGGAAAUACUGUUCUCUACAGCUCUUUUCAAGCAGUCAGAAACAGGCUGCGAUAACCGUGCACUAGAAAGGAGUGUUAUGGCUAAGAGAAAGGUAGUGGGGAAGAUGACCUGAAAUAGGCCAAAAACAAUGUAUCAUGAAAGCUGCCAACUGAUGCAGGAAUCCCAGUCCCCGAUUGAUUCAAAACACAAAACAGUUUGGAUGGAAAAUAAAGCCUUAUUUGCUUCAUUUAAUCUACCAAAAUGUAUCUGGAAAAAAUGUUCUGUUGCAGCAAGCAGUGCUUUGAAUUAUUACAAAAUUCUUUCUGUAUAAAAUAAAGAGGAUACGUAAUCUCAUAAAUGGCUUGAACAAAUCCUUCCAAAAAGACUGUGGUUUACAGGAGAGGUAAAAAUAAACUAUUUACAUCUUGCUUAUUAAUUUCCAAAGGCUGAGGAUGAGCAGAAAGGGAAUUGCUCUGAAUAAUGGCAGACUUACAAAUCAGCUUAAAUUCAUAAAUGCAAAAUCUACUGAACCUGCAAAAUCUGUUUAUUUAACUUAUUUCUCAAGGAAGGCAAUGGCAAGCAAAGAGCUAUCUAGUGUGUUCACAAUGCUCCUUGAUUCUACACUUAAACUCUGAAUUGGGCAUUGUUGAGUGAAGGGAUAAUGAGAUGCAUCAUUAAGGCUGUGGUGCUGAGCUCAAUUACUUGGGAGUAAGCUCCCUUGGACCCAAUGAAGCUUACUGCUAAGUAAAUAUACAUAGGCUUCCACUGCAACCUCUCUCAUCUUGUUUUAUAAGAAACUAUAAAUUAGAAUUGUGCAAGGCUUUUGUUCAAAUGUUGACAUGUAUGCAUGUCAAGCUCUAGCUUAACAAGCAAUCUGAAUAAAAUGUAAAAAGCCAAGAAAAUUUAGAAGCGUGGUAAAUAAGUGGCAGUCUUCUUUUUAAUUAAUUAACCUCUUGUGAUUAGCUGUUUAGAUUAAGGUUCGGUGAGAGUGUCAGGAAACAUGGAAAACCUUUCCCUGCAUCACCAAGAAGCAUGUAACAUUAAACAAUCCCCUUAAACCAAAUUGAACUGAGGCAUGCCUUGCUGGGCACAGCAAUUGAAUUAAUGGUACAAUGGUGGAAUGGAUUUUUUAUUCUUUGGAAUGACUUUCUUUUGCUACAUUUUUACAUUAAGCUAUCUUUCACGUACUUCUGUUUUCUGUUCGUGCUCCGUACAAUUAGUCAAUGGAUGUUGGGGUGUAACGUUCUUAUAAUCUGCUAAUCCUCCCCCGCAAAAAAAUCCUGCAAAAUCUUUGUGUGUUUGCGUGCAGCACCCUAGUAUUAAAUCACAGUGGUUCUCUAUUUAUACAUUAGAGCCCUGAUCCAGCAAGAGAGACUCUCAUGUGGAAGCAGGUUUCCCUUUGUGGAUCCUCUUUUAGACCAAGUCCUUCAUGAGUCACAAGACCUGCAUGGAUACUUGCAGGAUCGUUGAAGCCAACACCAAGCUUGCCAUCCUCUAAAAGCACCAAUCAUCUGUUUUGGGUGACAAAGAGGAAUCUGGGUCCCCCUAUCAAAUUUAAGCUAUCAAGACCAAUGCCACCAUCUGUGUAGGUACAUCCUGGGAAAUCAUCAUGUCCAGCAGUCUCAUGCUGAACUUGAUGGUCUCUCAGUUGGGGCUGCUGUCCUGAAGAGCUACAACCCCAGAGGAUCAACUGCAUCUUGAUGGCAUGGCCUAUUCUGAAGGUCAAGAUACAGGUCUCUGGAAAUACAAUAUGCCACACUUGUCUAGAAAUAUCUGCAUACACAGGAGGGCUUUUUUAACCUUCUUUUUUCAAUAGCCCCUCUCACCUGUGCCAUAUUAGAAGUUGGUUUCUGAAAUCCCACUGAGUUUCAGAAAGAGCUUCUGAAACCAUGGAGGUCAUUAAAAAAAACAAAUCAACAUCCCUUCUGAGCACCAGUCAGGCAGAUCCUAAGAUCCUACUGGGAGAUGCUACAAAGAAGGUCAGAAUUAAGACUUCAUGUUCUCCCAUGUAGCAUUAUCUCUGUCAUAAAACAAUUUCAGGAUCCAGGUGCCAGUGAUACUUUAUUAGAUGCCCAGGUAAUCAGAUGCCCAAUAUUUUAUUUUGAUUAUUUAUUCCUCCUGCAGUUCUUUCUGACAUCACGAAGUGCUUUAUGAUCCUGACCUCGCUUCUCUCCCCAACUGUCUUUCAAGGUUAUUUGGGUUGAGGGACAGAGACUCCCUCAAGGCCACAAAGUGAAAUGGGCAGCUGUGGAGAGAUGCAGCCAAUGUGGGGCUCUGGUACCUCAACCACAAAUGGUUCUUCUGGGGUAUCAAAUGAUGUGUAAAGUACCUAUAUCUCAUGUUAGUUAUUAAUCCUUUCUGUUAUUACUGCUUUGAAGGGUCAUAGAAUUGGAGAACUGGAAGGAACCAAGAGGGUGAUCCUGUCCCCUGCAAUGCAAUGCAGGUAUAUUUUGGCCUAAUGUGGGGCUCAAACCCACAACUCUGAAAUUAAGAAUCUCAUGCUCUACCGACUGAGCUAUCUGGUUGUCAUGCCUAACAUGAGCUUACCGUCAGUUGCAGUCACCCAGCAUUUGCUUGCCUUUUCCCAGUGAAUGCUGCUGACCAGCAGGAAGCAGCAGCAACUGCUCCUUCCCCCUAAUCUGCUGUUCCUGCUUAUUCACUCAGAGGCAGUGGAGGUUGGUGCCCACUGGGGACUGGUAGGGUGGACAGUAGGGAGGCCAACAGUAGGUGGCACUAGAGCAAACAGCGGAUAGCGCCACAGCCAAUGAUAGGCAGAGGGAGAGCCAGCUAGUUCCAGGUUUUGCCCCAUUUCCCUUGCGGAGUUCUUCCAAGUAAGGCAACACAGACUAAGGAGGCGGAGGCAGCCAAUGCUACCCCCUAGAUAUGCUGCAGGUAAUGAUGUAAGCAGAUGGGAGCUGGCUGAAUGUAGAGUGAUCCUGGUGGGGCAGCCUCCACUGCACAGAGCAGGCAAACAGGAAGCUACUGCGGUGAAAGGAAGUGGCAAGAUCUGGAGGCUGUGGGGCUCAGUACAUGGCCAAUGUUGCUGAAGCUUGACAUCAGCCUUGAUGAAUGCUUCCUCCUCCUCCUCCUCUUCUUCUUCUUCUUCUUCCAUAACCUCUACCUAAAGGUAUGCAAUGGAGACCUCCUCUUUCUAUUCACCCCAAAACAUCCUUUAGAGCAAGGGGGGAAUCUGUGGCCCUGCAGAUGUUGCUGGACUCCUAGCCCCAUCAUCCCUAUGCCUUGGUUAUGUCAUUGGGGCGAGAUGGAGUCCAACACUGCCUGCAGAAUCAUAGGUAGGGAACCUAUGAUUCUGCAGGCAGUGUUGGACUCCAACUUGCCCCAAUGCUUGCAAGACUACCCGUGCUUGCAAGACUGGCCACAUGAGGAAAGGAGCAUUUUUAUUUUCCUGGUUUUUGAGGACUUACCUGCACCACAGACUUAAGCUCUGUCUGUGCGUUCAGAAGACCAUGUGCGGGCAAGCAUGAAGUGUGUUGGAGAAGAGGACAAUUGUGUGUUUACCCACUUUGUGCCUUCCCUGCCUGCCCCAGCCCAACGUUCCUGCAUUGAAUAGCAAAAUCCGAAAGGGCGGUCUAUUGUGCAUUUGGCUGGAGACACCUCCCUGCAUUAUCAACGUUCCCAGCUUCAAACAGCUUCUAAGGAUGCUCAGCUGAGCAGCACCCUCCAGUCAUUCCUGCUCAGCAUAGGAAUGUUGUGGGCAAGGCAGCAGGUGUACCCAGCCCAUAAGGGGACAUUUGGGGUGAGACUAGAGCAUGCCUGCCCUUCACCCCCUUGAUGUCUACCUCCCUUCUUGAAUGCAUGAGGAAGGUCUAUGCUCACUGAAUCAUCAUUGCCUCCCUCAAGGGAACCCUGAGAACUUCAGUUUUGUGAAGUGGAGUUGGGCUCUCCAACUGCAACUUCUCAGCUAACCAAACGACAGUUCCCAAGCCAGUGUGGUGCAGUGGUUAAGAGCGGUAGUCUCAUAAUCUGGUGAACAGGGUUCACUUCCCCGCUCCUCCACAUGCAGCUGCUGGGCCA